UUAUGGCCCACGUUGUGUGUUUGUGGUGCAAUAAAACCGAGAAUAAAACAGAAUAAAAGACAGAGAAAGGAAUUUAUAAGAAAUUAGUGGCCUCUGUAGGAACCAGUUUCAAAGAGGGUUGGUAUCUUAAGUUUCAAAAUGUCUAAUAAUCCACCUGGGGGUUCUAACCCGCCCCCCUCUGAUAUUCAGAGUCAGUUUCAAGGAUUACGUGUUUCGGCCCCCCAGUUUGUACCAAACGUCAAUGCUCCUACCUUUCAACCAGGAGCCUAUCAGUAUUAUGGACACUUACCUUAUCAGAUGGGAGGACCUGGUCAUCAUUCAGGUAUGUAUGGACAGCAUCCCGUGAUGUAUCAACCGUACCAGCCACACCCCCAGCAAUCAGGAGGUUAUAGAGGAGGGUACAGCAACCAGUAUCAGCCAGGAGGUAGGGUGCCUCAGCUAUUAACAAGACAAUCUCAACAGACUAACGAUACAUGUGUAAAAGAUCAGUCGGAUAAUGCUAAGAAUACUAAACCAGCUGGAACUGAUAAUUCAUUGUUGAGUAAGGAGGUUGAUUCCUGGGAGGAAAGAGCUGAUGAGUCCGUAGAGCAUUCAUUCUCUCCUGAGGUCCCUCCCACCAUCAAACAGGAACCGAAAGAGCUAGAGGGUGUGGUCAAACAACAAGAGGGUGUGGUCUCCGAGCCAGUAGGUACUAAAGGAGCAGUGACUAAUGAAGACCAGACCCCUUCAGCUGGUGGGGAGAGACACACGGAGUCUUCUAGUGACAACAGCAGUCAACCGUCACCAGUUAUUGAUCAUAAAGUAGCCCCACCCACUAGGACUAAGGAGGAGGGGCCCGCUGUUGCUAAGCAACACUUGAAGGGUGUGGCUCCUCCCCCUAGAGACAAAGAAGCAAAAGAGAAUGUGAAUAUUGUAUUCAUCGGUCACGUAGACGCAGGGAAGUCAACAAUUGGUGGACACAUUAUGUACCUGACAGGAGGAGUGGAUAAAAGAACACUAGAGAAGUACGAGCGAGAGGCAAAGGAGAAGAACAGAGAGACGUGGUACCUCUCAUGGGCCCUGGACACUAACCAGGAGGAAAGGGACAAGGGGAAGACUGUUGAAGUAGGUAGAGCUAACUUUGAAACCGACAGAAAGAGAUUUACAAUACUUGACGCACCUGGUCAUGCUGGAUUUGUCCCUAACAUGAUAGGAGGAGCAGUACAGGCUGAUAUUGGAGUGUUGGUAAUAUCUGCUAGGAGAGGAGAAUUUGAAACUGGAUUUGAAAAGGGAGGACAGACAAGAGAACAUGCAAUGUUAGCAAAGACAGCUGGAGUGAAGCACCUGAUUGUAUUAAUAAAUAAAAUGGAUGAUCCAACAGUACAGUGGUCACAGGAAAGAUAUGAAGAAUGUAAAACUAAACUCACUCCAUUUUUAAAGAAACUUGGCUUCAAUCCAAAGACAGAUAUUUACUUCAUGCCUGUGUCUGGUCUGACAGGUGCUAAUUUAAAGGAGCCACUCACUGAUAAGUGGUACAGUGGCCCCGCCUUCAUCCCGUAUCUUGAUAACUUACCCACAAUCAGCAGAGAAGACACUGGCGCCUUUAGAAUGCCAAUUGCUGAUAAAUUUAAAGACAUGGGGACAAUGGUAAUGGGUAAGGUUGAAUCCGGUUCAGUUUGCAAAGGAUCACAAUUUAUACUGAUGCCGAAUAGAACGUUGGUCGAAGUAUUGACUGUGAUAAGAGUUGAAGAUGAAGUACCAGCUGCUUAUUCUGGGGACAAUAUCAAACUGAAACUGAAAGGAGUUGAAGAAGAGGACAUAUCUCCAGGGUUUGUAUUGUGUAGUCCCCACAGUCCGUGUCACGUUGGUAGGAUCUUUGAUGCUCAGGUUGUCAUUUUGGAGUACAAGAGUAUCAUUUGUGCUGGUUUUAGUUGCGUCCUACACAUUCAUAAUGCAGCAGAAGAAGUGGAGAUCACACAACUGAUUGCUAAAAUUGACAAGAAAUCUGGCAAGAAGUUACCAGAAAAGCCAAAGUUCAUAAAACAGGACAACACAGCUAUUGCCCGUUUACAAACCUCACGAGUUAUUUGUAUGGAGAAGUUUCAAGAGUUUCCUGCUAUGGCUCGAUUUACAUUAAGAGAUGAAGGUAAAACUAUUGCCAUUGGGAAAGUAUUGAAGAUAAUUGAGUAAUACUAGAAUAAUAACAAUGAUUAAUAAUAAUAAUAAUAAUAAUAAUAAUAAUAAUAAUAAUAAUAAUAAUAAUAAUGAUUGUUCUAAAGAUGUGUACAUGUACUUGCCAUUCAUUGUGUUUUAAUUGUCCAGAGCUACAAGUUUUAAUUUAUGUAUUAAUAUUUGUUGCUAAAACUGUUGAUAUUAUUAUUAUUUAAUAUUGUGUUUUGUAAUGGAGAGAGUAUCAUUCUAACUUGACGCGGUUCCUCUAC